AUGGCCACCACUGACAUCUCCUUGGAGGAGCUCAAGAACGAGAAUGUCGACCUUGAGCGCAUUCCCGUCGACGAAGUCUUUGAGCAGCUGAAGUGCACCAAAGAUGGCUUGUCAAAUGAAGAAGGGGUGAAGAGGCUCCAGAUUUUCGGUCCCAACAAGCUUGAAGAGAAAAAGGAGAGCAAACUUCUCAAGUUUCUGGGUUUUAUGUGGAAUCCUUUGUCAUGGGUCAUGGAGUCAGCUGCUAUUAUGGCCAUUGCUCUAGCCAACGGAGGGGGGAAGCCGCCGGAUUGGCAAGACUUUCUUGGUAUUGUCGUGUUGCUCAUUAUCAACUCAACCAUUAGCUUCAUUGAAGAGAAUAAUGCAGGCAAUGCCGCGGCUGCUUUGAUGGCCGGUCUUGCCCCGAAAACCAAGGUGUUGAGAGAUAGCAAGUGGACCGAACAAGAGGCGGAAAUCCUUGUGCCGGGUGAUGUUAUUAGCAUCAAGCUGGGUGACAUCGUUCCAGCGGAUGCCCGCCUCUUGGAAGGAGAUCCCCUCAAGAUUGAUCAGGCCGCUCUCACAGGCGAGUCACUGCCGGUGACGAAGAACCCCGGUGACGAGGUGUUCUCUGGCUCCACUUGCAAGCAAGGUGAAAUCGAGGCUGUUGUCAUUGCCACUGGCGUCCACACCUUCUUUGGCAAGGCCGCCCAUCUUGUCGAUAGCACCAACCAAGUCGGUCACUUCCAAAAGGUGUUGACAGCAAUCGGUAACUUCUGCAUCUGCUCAAUCGCAGUUGGAAUGGUGGUUGAGAUUGUGGUCAUGUACGUGAUCCAGCACAGGAAGUACAGAGAGGGCAUUGACAACCUCCUUGUGCUUCUCAUCGGAGGUACAAUUGCCAUGCCCACUGUGCUGUCCGUGACCAUGGCCAUUGGAUCUCACCGCUUGUCCGAACAAGGCGCCAUCACCAAGAGGAUGACUGCGAUCGAAGAGAUGGCCGGGAUGGACGUGCUCUGCAGUGACAAGACUGGGACUCUUACCCUUAACAAGCUCACCGUCGAUAGGAACUUGAUUGAGGUCUUCACAAAUGACGUGGACAAGGAUGGUCUGCUGCUAUUGGCUGCUAGGGCAUCCAGGGUUGAGAAUCAAGAUGCUAUUGAUGCUUGCAUAGUUGGCAUGUUGGGUGACCCUAGAGAGGCAAGGGCAGGCCUCACAGAAGUGCAUUUCCUACCCUUCAAUCCCGUUGACAAGCGUACUGCAAUUACUUACAUCGAUGAGAGAGGCAACUGGCACCGUAGUAGCAAGGGCGCACCGGAGCAAAUAAUUGAUCUUUGUGGCCUCAAGGGCGAGCCAAGGAAAAGGGCCCAUGCCAUCAUUGACAAUUUCGCUGAGCGUGGCCUUCGUUCCUUGGGGGUUUCUCGACAAAUGGUUCCUGAGAAAACAAAGGAGAGUGAGGGCACACCAUGGGAGUUUGUGGGUCUCUUGCCUCUUUUCGACCCUCCAAGACAUGACAGUGCAGAAACAAUCCGGCGAGCCCUCGAGUUGGGCGUCAAUGUCAAGAUGAUCACUGGUGACCAACUUGCCAUUGGCAAAGAGACCGGUCGCAGACUUGGCAUGGGCACCAACAUGUAUCCAUCUUCAUCCCUCUUGGGUGAGGGCAAGGACGAGGCUAUUGCUUCGAUUCCCGUCGAUGAGCUCAUUGAGAAAGCUGAUGGAUUUGCUGGAGUCUUCCCUGAGCAUAAAUAUGAGAUUGUCAAGAAAUUGCAGGAGAGAAAUCACAUUUGUGGAAUGACUGGCGAUGGUGUCAACGAUGCCCCGGCUCUAAAGAAGGCAGAUAUAGGUAUUGCAGUUGCUGAUGCAACCGAUGCAGCCAGAAGUGCGUCAGACAUUGUCUUGACCGAGCCAGGACUAAGCGUGAUUAUCAGUGCUGUCUUGACGAGCAGGGCAAUAUUCCAGAGGAUGAAGAACUACACCAUCUAUGCGGUUUCCAUCACGAUCCGUAUUGUGUUGGGCUUCCUCCUUGUUGCUCUCAUAUGGAAGUUCGAUUUCUCACCCUUCAUGGUUCUCAUCAUUGCCAUAUUGAACGACGGGACUAUCAUGACCAUCUCCAAGGACAGAGUCAAGCCAUCUCCCGUCCCAGACUCAUGGAAGCUCAAGGAAAUCUUUGCCACAGGCGUCGUCCUCGGAGCAUACAUGGCCAUCAUGACCGUGGUCUUCUUUUGGCUUGUGCAUGAUACCGACUUUUUCACGAAAUCUUUCGGUGUGAGGCCUAUCAAAAAUAAUGUGGAUGAGCUCACUGCAGCUCUCUACCUACAAGUGAGCAUCAUAAGCCAAGCUCUUAUAUUUGUGACUCGCUCGCGAAGCUGGUCAUUCGUUGAACGGCCAGGACUCUUACUUGGAAUCGCCUUCAUUGCAGCCCAGCUGGUUGCCACGCUUAUUUCUGUUUACGCGAGCUGGGACUUCGCGAGGAUCCAUGGCACUGGGUGGGGAUGGGCUGGGGUGAUCUGGAUCUAUAGCAUUGUGACUUACUUCCCUCUUGACAUCCUCAAGUUCAUCAUCCGCUACAGCUUGAGUGGCAAGGCCUGGGACACCAUGUUGCAGAACAAGACCGCUUUCACUACCAAGAAGGAUUACGGCAAGGGCGAGAGGGAGGCGCAAUGGGCGAUAGCUCAACGUACUCUUCAUGGUCUCAAUCCUCCGGAGACUCUCUUCCAUGACAAUAGCACGGAGGAGUUGUCCGAGAUUGCUGAACAAGCCAAGAGACGUGCCGAAGUCGCAAGGCUGAGGGAGCUGCACACUCUCAAGGGGCAUGUUGAGUCAGUGGUGAAGCUGAAGGGGCUUGACAUUGAGACCAUCCAACAGCAUUACACUGUCUAAGAUACACUCGCCAUAUUGUUACGGAUUUGAUUCACCGAAACGAGUGUAAUAGGAAUGACGUAAGGAAGAGCUAAAAGGAGAUGGUUUCUUUUGC